CUGCCGGUUUGUUAUUUAACCAAAUUGGAGGAGCAAAGAACCCAUAAAACAAUGGAAUUUCUGACUAAAGUGUGGGCAAAGGAGGCAACAACUCCCAUCGAAAUAGAAGCAACCACCGGCACAGCACAGAAAAACCCGAAUCCACAGCCCGUAAAAGAUCCUGCCAGUCAGGAAUCCUCCGAGAGCACUGGCACUAAGCAGAAGGAUUGGGGUUAUGACUUGUAUCCGGAGAGGAGGGGCGAAACGUUCAAACCCAAAUGGACACGGGUUUUGUUCGGACUGGAGGGCCAGGAGAACAUCGAUCGUUUCAAGUGCGAGGAGAAUGUCUAUUGGUGUGUCAAGAACGGGCCGCUGGUGAAACUGAUGAUGGGAGCCCUCAAGAGCUCCGGCUGUCCCAUCGAUCUGCGCCGGCACAUCUCGUGCGAGGUGUGCGAUCCCACGGUCACCGGGGGAUACGAUCCCAAGCUCAACCAGAUCGUGGUAUGCCAGAACAUGGCCAAAAACAAGAGCAUGGUCCAUGGCGUCCUCACCCACGAGAUGAUUCACAUGUUCGACUACUGCAACAACGACAUGGACUUCCGGAACGUGGACCACCUGGCCUGCACGGAGAUCAGGGCGGCGAACCUGGCUCAUUGCUCCUUUUUGAGCGCCAUGUUCCAGGGGGAUGCAUCGCCUUUUAAUGUCAAAGAAGCUCAUCAGAACUGUGUCAAGUCCAAAGCCCUGGCCUCAGUGCUGGCUGUUCGUAAUAUAACCAAAGCAGAUGCCAUUGCUGCAGUGGAGAGAGUUUUCCCCAAGUGCUAUGCCGAUCUGGAGCCCAUUGGCCGAAGAAUCCGACGAAAUUCCACGGACCAGCAGAAGGCCUAUAUGGAGGGACCCAUGUACGGCUAUGAUGUAUAUUAAAUUGUUAUGAUAUGAUUUCGUUUUUAAGUACCUACACAAAAGUUGAAUAAAACUAUGUUUUAAGCUCUGGACAUUUUGAAUGUCACGCUGCCAGACACAUUUUAUAUUGAAA